AUGCCGCCCAAACGCACUUCAUCAAAGCGAGCUGCCGUCGACGAGACAACGGCCGCCAAGGAGGACAAGGAGGUGCAGGCGAAGGCAGAGGAGGACUCUCCGCUGAGUGAACUGUCUGGAUCGGAAAAAGAGGCGGCGCCGAAGAAGAAACGCGCGAAGAAACCGCCCGUCACUCCUCUCGACCCCUCUGUCCCGACCAACAAGGAGGUUCCCGAGGACCUUUCAUCGUUCCCGAGGCCUCCUGAGGGUUGCGUGCGGAUCUCGGCGUGGAACGUGGCGGGUUUGAGGGCGAGCGAGAAGAAGGGCUUCUCGCGAUACGUGAACGCCGAAGACGCCGACAUCCUCGUCGUCACGGAGACCAAGACGCCAGAGCUGAGCCUGCCUGCCCUCGACGACCGCUACGAGUACCGAUACUGGGGCGACCACGUGAAGAAAGGUCACGCCGGCACAGCCAUCUUCUCCAAGAUCAAGCCUCUGAACGUGUCGAAAGGAUUCCAAGCGAGCGAAGAGGUCACGGCGGCCGACUCGGAGGGGCGCAUGAUCACGCUCGAGUUCGAGAACUCGUAUGUUGUCGGAACCUACGUGCCGAAUGCAGGCAAUGGGCUCAAGACGCUGCCGGAGAAGGAGAAGUGGAACAGGGCGUUCGAAACUUACCUACGCGAGCUGGACGCAAAGAAGCCCGUCAUCUGGUGCGGAGACCUCAACGUCGUGCCGACGCCUACCGACAUCCGCAACUGGAAGACCAACUACAACAAGAGCGCCGGUUGUACGGACGCCGAGAUCAACGGCUUCAAGGCGCAGCUCAACCCGGAAGAGGGGUCGGGUCACAAGCGGCUCGUCGAUGUCUGGCGGGAGAAGCACCCCGACCUCGAGGGUCACUACACCUACUACUCGUACAAGUUCCAGUGUCGCGAGAAGGGGAUUGGCUGGAGGCUGGACUACCAGGUGGUUUCGGAGCGCCUUCUUCCGAAGGUCAAGGCUUGCGAGAUCCGCGCCGAGAUCUCAUCCGACCAUGUCCCGAUCGUCCUCGACAUCGAGGGUCCGCUGUGA